AUGAUUACUUGUCAUUGUGCGGAUGAUAAAAGUUUAGUGACAUGUAUUGAAAAUGUUCCUAGUGCUGAAACGUUUAUUAAUUGGUCAACAUUUUCGUCAGAUGAACAUCAACAUUAUUCAUUCAAUUUUCUUAACUUCACAACUUUAACAUCUUAUACAUUUACUAAUUUUUCAUUAACAUUUCCUUUACUUCGAAAACUGGAAUUUAAUUUUACAAAUGGAAUUGAUAAUAUAGCAGAAAAUAUAUUUGGAUCAUUUAAUUAUGUUUCAGAUAUGCCAAUCUAUAUUAGAUUUGAAUCACCAAGAAAUUUUCAACUUGCUGAUUAUGCAUUUACUCAAAUGAAAUAUUUGGAAAUAACUAUUGACAAUAUUCAAUAUAAUAAUAUUCACAAUCUACCAUAUCAAUUCAAUUUAAAAGCAUUUGAUAAUACACACAUUUUUCAAAUCAGUAUUCGAAAUUCUAAAGAAGUUCAAUUGAUUUCAAAUCAAUCAUCAAAUUUAAAAUGGGAAGAAGUUCAAUUUAAUAAUUGUUCAUUAACAAAUGUUGAUCUUCUUAUUGAAAGUUUAUCAUCUGAAUCAUUAAUUAAAUUAGAUUUAUCAUUCAAUAAGUUAAUUCAUAUUCCUUCUUUGGUUAAAUUUAUUAAGAUGACUAGUAUUGAUUUGCAUGAUAAUUCGAUUGAAGAAAUCAAAUCGCAUAUAUUUUCUAAUCUAACUAAUCUAUAUGAACUUGAUUUAUCAUCUAAUCAAAUAAAACAUAUUUCACCUGAUGCAUUUAUUGAAUUAAAAAAUUUAACUCUUUUACUUUUAAAUCAUAAUCAUUUAACUUCAUUGGAAACUGUAACAAUUCAUAAUGAAGUAACAUCAUUUUUAUUUCCAUUGAAUGAAACAUUGCGUUCUCUUAUGAUAUCAAAUAAUCUUCUUCAUGAUUUUAAUCCAAUACAAAAUCUGUCAAAUCUAGAAGUAUUAACAAUGUGUUGUAAUCAAAUUAAAAAAUUAGAUGAAAAUUCAUUGAAAAAUGCUCAUAAACUUCAAACAAUUGAUUUAAGUCAUAAUCAUAUUGAAUCAAUUCAUCCAUUGACUUUUAAUCGUACAAUUCUACAAAAUCUUGAUUUAUCCUCGAAUUUUAUUUCUUCAUUAGAAACAACAAAAAUAGUCUAUGAUGAACAUUUUCAACCGAAAAAUCGAACAACUUCAUUUCUUGAUGGUAUUGCAUCGACACUUGUCAAAUUAUCAUUGGCGAACUCAACAAAUUUAGUAGAAAUAAAUUGGUUUGUUUUCACAAAAUUAGAAAAACUAUCAUCUUUGGAUCUUUCUGGAAUAAUAAAAACGGAUAGAUUUUGGUUAUUCGAAUCCAGAGAUGAUACACCGAUUCAAUCGAAUCAUCAUUCAUAUAAGAUUGACAUUAUUCUUAAUCAUAUUCAGUUCAAAGAUGAUGAUUAUUGUUUAUCAAAACCAAUAUUUCAAAUAUUCAAUCAAACAGCUUUAUUUCUUGAUCAGAAUCAUCCAUGCAAUUGUUUUAUAUUUAUGUUGAAAAACAUUAUUUCUACACAAGUACAUUUAAUUUGUUUAUCAAAUGAUUCAUCUACUGUAGAUUUAGCUCAACAAUGUAUGAAUAUUGAUUCGCAUUGUUUAUCUGUGGGAAAUACAACAACUAUUCCACCCACUCAGUCGACAUCAUUGUCAAGUACAUCUAGUCCAACGACUGGCUUAUCAUCAUUAUCAUCAUCAAGUACAAGUUCCCCAACGACUGAAUCAUCAUCAUUGUCAUCAUCGUCAUUAAGUACAAGUUCUCCAACGACAAUUAGUACAAUACCAAUUAGUACUAUAUCAAUAACAAUGAAAACAGAACAAUCAUCAACGUCAAGUUUGACAACAUUAAUUACAACAACCAAGAUUUUGACUACAUUGGGAGCAGUAAAUGACAAUGGAAAAUGGAAAACAACAUUAGCAAUAAUGAUUCCUUUAACAGUCAUUAUUAUUGUUUUGUCUUUAGUCGGUGUUUAUAUUGUUAAAAGACAAAAGAAAAACAAACUCAAGGAAAGUAUUGAGAUGGAUGGAGCAUUCGUAAAUCCAUUUGCUAAAAAAUAA